AUGGAUCCGUUAGACGGUGAAAUGGUGAUCUUCAUAGGAAGAUGUAAAUGUUGCCUUAAUGAAGGAGAUUUAAAAAAUUUGUGGACGCCUUAUACGUUUGAGGGAGAAACCGAAAUUUAUGGAAUGAUGUUGACAGAAUGUUUUGCUCUAUCAUGGCAGCAACCAGAGGAAAACGUGGGGUAUAUGGAUAUGAUAUGCACCUCUUGUAUCUCUCGGUUACGCGAUGCACUUGCCUUCAAAAGGGAAGUUUUAGUGAGUGAAGAGGUGCUGCAUGAAAAACAAGAUGAAUUGUUUCUUUACACUACAUUGAAAGUGGAGAAAGAUUUAGAAGAUGAGGAAGAAGAAACCGAGUUUAACGAAGUGGAAUACUUAGAUAUCACAGACAGUUUAAACAAAGAUGAAUCAUAUGAAGAAUCUUUAUCAGAUGAACAAUUGCUGAGUUCAGAUAAAUCCAUGCAAGUAGAACAUAAAAGAAACUUGUCAAAAAAACUCCCAAAGGAAGAAAGGAACAAAUACAAGCAGUAUACUGACGAGGAAUUACAAAUGGCCAUUGAUGCAGUCCAGAACAAUGAAAUGUCACAUACAGAAGCAGCCGAGUUGUUUAAUGUGCCCAGGAAAACUAUCUCUGCUAAGAUCCACAAUAUUACAGACAAAGAAGAGGAACAAUCGCAGAGUGCAGAAGAAAAUAGUAAAAGAAAAUGGCCGAAGAAACUACCAAGGAAAGACAGAAAUAAAACAUACAAGCAGUAUACUGAAAAGACGCUGAGAAUGGCUGUUGAUGCUGUCCAGAAUAAAGGGAUGUCAUGUAACCAAGCGUCAGAGAUAUUUAAGGUGCCCAGGAAGACUCUUGCAUUUAGAGUUCAGAAUACUAUUGCCAAAAAAGAGGAACCAGAUGAUGAUGACGCCUCAAAAAUAACAGACCAAGAAAAACACUACAAACUCGUAGAGGAAAUUAAAACUAUACUCACCUACACAAACGCUAUACCAUACAAAUCGAAAUUGUCAAGGUACUACUGUGCAUACUGCUCUACCGAUGGACCGGUUUUUGAUGAACCCGAUGAUUUGAGGACUCACACUAAAACGAAGCAUGUCGAUGAUCGGACCAAAGGCAUAGAUCAGAUAAUGAGACCACACUGGCUUAAUGAGGUGUUAAGAAUUGAUAUACAUAGUCUCCAUUGUACAGUUUGCUGUACAAUCCUGCCGACUUGGAACGACAUGUUCCGACAUCUUGAAGAUGUGCAUGAGGUUUUUCUAGACGAGGCCUACAACAGAGUUAUACCUUAUAUCCUCGCAAGGGAGCUGAAAUGUGCUUUAUGUGAAGAAGCCUUCCCGAAUUACCACAUGCUGGACGGACAUAUGAACGCCCAUUAUAGCAGUUACAUUUGCUACGAAUGCGGCGAUACUUUCUUAUCAGCGAACCGACUUAAUAAACAUGUGGAAGUGCACAGUACUGGGAGGUUCCCUUGCGAGGUUUGCGGUAAAGUGUACAAUUUGAAGAAAUACAUGAGAAAGCACUUUGUCAUUGUACAUGGACAGAAGGACCAAUACAAAUGCACAUACUGUCCGGAAAGAUUUUCUAGAGCAUUCCAGAGACAUCAGCAUGUACUUGAAAAGCACAAAGAGAUGGUCAAGAUAAGGACUUGUGAGAUCUGCGGAAAGACUUUCGACUGGAUGCCCUACUUCUGGGCUCACAUGAGACGCAAGCAUGGUAAAAAGAGGAAUUACAAAUGCAAACAGUGUGACAAAAGCUUCCUUAUGAAGUAUCAGUUGAGGGACCAUCAAGAAAAGCAUUUGGAGGAGAGGAACUUUGUUUGUGAUGUGUGCAGUGAGAGAUUUAAAACUAAAGCGGGCUUAGUGCGACACUGUCAGCUGCAUCAUAACUUUCCAACCUCAAAAUGUCAGACCAGUCAAACAGUUAAAUAA